GCGAGAUCCAAAACAUCGCGAGAGUGGGCGUGACGUCACUCGCCGAGAUCUCGCCGACGGGACAAGAUGGAGUAUUGCAUUGGCAUCCAGGGCAAGGACUUCGUGGCGGUUGCGGCCGACACAGUGAGCGCGCACAGCAUCGUGGUGAUGAAGCAAGACCAGGAGAAGAUGUUCCGGCUAAGCGACCGCAUCCUUCUGCUGUGCACGGGGGAGUCUGGAGACACGGUGCAGUUCGCCGAAUACGUGCAGAAGAAUGUGCAGCUCUACAAGAUGAGGAAUGGAUAUGAGCUGUCACCGACUGCUGCAGCAAACUUCACACGCCGAAACCUGGCCGACUACCUACGCAGCAGGACCCCGUACCACGUGAACCUCUUGCUUGCUGGGUACGAGGAGAGCGAGGGGCCAUCCCUCUUCUACAUGGACUACCUGUCCUCCAUGGUGCGGGUGCCGUUUGCGGCGCACGGCUACGGGGCGGCCCUCACCAUCACCAUCCUGGACCGACACUACCACCCCGACUUGACCCGGGAGGAGGCAGUUGAGAUUCUGCAGAAAUGUGCUCAAGAGAUGCACAAGCGCUUCCUGGUGAACCUGCCGGCGUUCACCGUGCGCAUCGUCGACCAGGGUGGGGUGCACGACCUGCCGACCAUCAGGGCGAGCGCGGCGCCCUUCAAGGAGCUGCCAGGGGUGGUGGCCGAACUCCCCAAGGCGACCGCGUAGUGCGACGUGCGCUAUCCACCGACGGGGGGCGGGGGGGGGAAUAUCAAACGAGCGCCAGUGAUAUCGCCCCAUCAGCAACGCGAUUUCCACUGUUGUUGUCCCGAAUUUCCUUAUCUAGAUAUUCCAGUCGGUUGAAGUGACGGGAUUGGAGGAGGGCAGGGGGGGGAAACAGUUAUUGUUUUGAAGGCUUUUUUGUGUCGUAAAUUUGUCAAGCGCUGAUCGUAAAAUAAACGGUAGCUUUCAUUUUUGUCCUAACGAUGUACGGGGCUUGCUCCUCACCUCUUUCACCCCCCCCACCUCACCCGCGUGUCCACCCACUUCCUGACACGUGCCGCCGCUUCCCUCCCUCGUCUGUCUGCCCAUCACAAAACUAGUUUCAGAUGUCGCUUGCAGCGCUGCUGGUAUUUUUGGGGCCGGCUCGCCGCUUGGCUGCGCACCACCGUCAGCGUUUUGUGCGGGGAGGGGGUGGAGGAGGGUGGCGGGGGGAUGGCGGCGGUGGGCUGUGGGCAGUAUCGCGCUCGCCGAUGAAUGAUCCGACGCGACGUCGAAGUGUCCGUCAAUUUUAGCGCGAGCGACGAAACCGGCAUCUGCGCAUAGCUUUCGAUUUACUUGCGGUUAAUUCGAAUUUUCUUUUCCCAUCUCUUCCCAACCGGUUUUAUUUUUCUCCCUUUGCGUCGCCUGCCUGCGAAUAACUGCGACGAUCUUUGCCGGAAAAAUAAAUAAAUCCCCGCACCCGC